GGAGUACCUACUUUGUAGGAUUCUUUCUUGACAGCAUCACACCUCUGCCACCCAGCCAUGACACAGUAACUGGCUCUACUAGCUUAUUAACCGUCACGACCGCCGAGAGAACGCCCCCAAUCCACUAUGGCUCUCCUUUCCUCCAAGACCUUGAUCCAGGCACAUGCCUUGUUUCUCUUUGUGCUGGCUGUGUACCUGACAAGGUCGCCAGAGGUCGUCACUGAGUCGGAUGUUGUCUUUAUGCUGGGAGAGUUUCUGAAUUUGGAUGCGUCUCCGAGUCUUUCCCGUCCUCAAUCCCCCUUCGCCCUAUGCGGUGUUCUCCUCGUCCUCGACGCCCUUGUCGACCUCGUUCUUGUGUCAAAGGUCCCCCAGAUCAACGAAAUCAUUGCCAUGGCCCAGGCUGCCAGAAUACAAUCCCCUAUUCCCGUGGCAGGAGCUAUACGCACGAACCCUUUCAUGGCGCGCCUCGCCUCGCUCUACUCGGAGAUCUGGACCCUACUGUCCGCCUCUCGCUUUUGUAUCUUCUUUGCCGUAUCUUUCUUUAUCUACCAGAGUCAACCAGCCGCCUGGGGCAUGGAUGCUGCUAGUGUAAUGGGUAGCUAUGGGUCUGCGGGCGUAGCUACGUCGGGCCUGGAUCAGCUGAAAAAUAGGGUGGUUUUUACAUACGGUUUUAUGGAGAUGAUGUUCUGGCUAUGGAUCUUCAUCACCCUCCGUGAAGAGCGACAGGAAGCAGCUGCCCGAUUUGUGGAACACGAUCGGUAGAAGCACUGUAUAUUCGCAGUCAUGUAUGCAUAUAUAGUGCAUAUAUAUUUAGAGGCAAUGCAACAAAGACAGCAAGAGGUACCGUGUAUUUUCUGGACCCAAUCAGAAUAUUGAACAUGGUACGAUUAGCCGCCAU